AUGCCGCAAGGAACCAUGAAAGCUCUUUGGUACAGCGCUCCCAAACAGUUCGAUUACACGCUUGCGGUGUCUGUGGUACUGGUAUGCAGGUCAUGCCCACCGUUUGACGGGUUCGCUGAUCCAGCAAUUGUUACCUGCAGACGGCCACAUCCACGAAGGCGAGUCAUUCCUUCUUUCGCAGUCAUUCCGCUCAUUCAAGCUUCGUCCACAGGAGAGUUCAUAUCAAAGUUCCCGCUUAUACCUGGCCACGAAGCAAUUGGCAGUAUCGUCGAGAUAGGCAAGGAUGUGACUGGCUUCGAGAUUGGGGAGAGAUGUGUGGCGGACGUCGGUAUCACCUGCGACAAUUGCUUCUACUGUCGCCGGGGCCAAUCUCUGCUCUGUGAAAACUUCAACUCGCGAGGCGUCACCCAAGAUGGCGGCUUUGCAGAAUACGUCGUCUACAAGCAACACAAGCUCUACAAAGUCAAGAACCUCUCUGAUGAGGAAGCUACUUUGCUCGAGCCUGCCGCUUGUGCAAUCCAUGGGCUCGACAAACUCGCCGCGCCAGUUGGCGUUGAAGUCCUGCUUCUUGGAGCUGGUCCGACUGGGCUUAUUUUGGCUCAGCUUCUCAAGCUGAAUGGCGCGUCGCGUAUCGUUAUUGCUGCCAACAAGGGAAUCAAGAUGGACAUCGCCAAACAACUUGACUGUGCAGACGAAUACAUCGAGCUUGACCGCACUAAUCCAGGGCCGCAAUGGGAGCAACUGAAGAAGGACAACCCAUACGGUUUUGACGUUGUUGUUGAGGCAACUGGGGUCGAAAAGCUUGCGAAUGAGAGCAUCAACUAUGUCCGUCGAGGAGGAACGUUGAUGGUUUACGGUGUCUACGAAAAUAAGGCUUUGGUUCAUUGGCCCCCGUCAAAAAUCUUUGGAGACGAGAUUCGGAUUAUCGGCUCAUUCUCCCAAACAUUCUGCUUCCCACGUGCCGUAGCGUACUUGGACAGCGGAAAGGUGAAAGUGAAGGGAAUGGUCACAGACACCUUCAAGCUCGAAGAUUACCAGGGUGCCCUCGACAAGAUGAACAGCCGUGGAGCGCUGAAGAUUUGUAUUAAGCCUAACUGA